AUGGAACCGGAAAAAAGGCUUUCAAAUUUCGCCGAGCUACCCGGUGAUAUACCGAUAGAUCACACGUCGAAAGGCCAUGAAAGUACAGAGAUGAAUCGUGAUCGAAAGGCUAUAAGUCGAAAGCCUAUAAAUCGCAGCAGUUACCAGGAAUCUUCUUCGAUCAACGCAUCAGCGGACGCACCCGAUGAUGGAAAGCUCAAGACCGGCAGCGAUGGGCGCAUCAACAUCGAUCUGAAUUCGAAAGCUGUGAGGACGCUUUCGCUUCUCUACGGUGAUGCUCUUAACGACAUACCGGAAGAUGCGCCACCAGAGUAUUCAGGAUUCCCGGUUGGGCCGGAUCGCUAUAAGUCGUGGCCUGUUAAGCUAAACAUUGUCAUCCAAGUUGUAGGCAGUCGAGGAGAUGUGCAGCCUUUCAUCGCGCUUGGUGACGAGCUUCGGCGGUAUGGCCACCGAGUGAGGCUAGCGACCCAUGACAUGUUCCAAAAUCUCGUGCGAGGCUCCGGUUCUGGACUAGAAUUCUAUCCGAUCGGCGGUAAUCCUUCAGAAUUGAUGGCUUACAUGGUCAAAAACCCUGGACUGAUUCCUAGUCUCGAGAGCGUGCGGGCUGGUGAGAUCAAGAAGAAACAGUUGAUGGUCAGGGAGAUGUUGGAAGGGUUCUGGAGGUCAUGCAUCGCACCAGACAUGAUGAGCCAUGAGCCAUUCGUGGCAGAUGCUAUCAUUGCCAACCCGCCAAGCUUUGCGCAUGUCCACUGCGCACAAGCUCUUGGAAUUCCUGUUCACAUGAUGUUCACUAUGCCAUGGACAAGUACGCGAGCAUUUCCACACCCGCUAGCGAACCUGAAAAACGCCGAAGGAAAACAAAGCGCUGCAAAUUAUCUAUCAUAUGGAGUUGUCGAUUGGCUAACAUGGCAAGGACUUGGUGACGUUAUCAACCAAUGGCGUCAGACGCUGGACUUGGAGGAGGUGGGAAUGUUCGAUGGCCCUAGUCUUGCGAACACACUGAGCAUCCCCAUGACUUACUGCUGGUCUCCGGCUCUUGUACCAAAACCCUUUGACUGGCCGGGCCACAUAGACGUCUGCGGUUUCUUCUUCCGGGAUCCUCCUCGGUAUGAGCCACCAGCUGAGAUUCGAUCCUUCAUUGAGAGUGGACCGCCACCCGUCUACAUAGGCUUCGGCAGCAUCGUUCUUGACGACCCUCAAAGAAUUACCGCAGUCAUAUUGGAGGCUGUAAGAGCGAACGGAUUUCGUGCGAUCGUGUCCAAGGGAUGGUCGAAGUUGGGAGAUCACGGAGAGUCUCAUGAAGAUAUAAUCUUCAUUGGUGAUUGUCCACACGAGUGGUUGUUUCAACAUGUGGCCGCAGUGGUACAUCAUGGUGGCGCUGGGACGACUGCAUGUGGUUUGCUGAACGGCAAGCCCACGACUAUCGUGCCAUUCUUCGGAGAUCAGCCAUUUUGGGGCCAGAUGGUAGCUGCUGCUGGUGCUGGUCCGAUGCCUAUUCCUCAGCGGGACAUAACUGCCGAAAGCCUGUCUCAAGCGAUCAGAUUUUGUUUGUCACCUGAAGCAGCGAGCGCGGCUGCAGUCAUUGCACAGAAGAUGCAAUCCGAGAGAGGCGUCGAAGCUGCAGUUAUGUCUUUCCAUCGGAAUCUCCCCAUCAGAGACAUGUCUUGCGAUGUACUACCACACCUUCCAGCAACUUUCGGUUUUCACAAAAAAGGGCAAAAAUGGAAGCUUUCUUCCUUGGUGACAGAAGUUAUGGCACGAAAACUUCCUAAAGAUGCCAAAAACCUAAAAUUAUACGAGAGCAAACCCAUUACCAUAGAGCCUCGUCGAUGGGAUCCCAUCUCAGGUGGGGCGUCCGCAGUGCUUGCUACUUCGGUCGAUCUUGCGACAUGCGUUACAGGAGUUUUCACGAAACCAAUAACGGAGUAUCGAGACGAUCGCGAUCGACGCGCCUACGAAGAAUCAAAGCUAGAAGCUUCGACAGCGUCCAAUACCGGUACCAACCAUAUCGACCAAUCGGCACCAAUGUCUGACAGCGCAAGUGCUGAGACAUCAGCAAACAGUGUUGUUCCGAAACGUAAAGCUAUCUCAGCAGGUCAACUAGCAGGCGCGUCCGGAGCGAGCAUUGGCAUGUUUGCUCCAAAAGCCCUAAAGGGUAUGAUGGUCGACAUUCCUCUCGCGAUUACCGAUGGACUCAAGAAUGUGCCUCGACUCUACGGCGAAACGCCUCGUGACCACGGACCUGUGACAGGUUUCACGAGUGGCGCAGCUGUUGCAGGCAAGACCUUCGCGUGGGGCUUCAUGGAAGGUGUCAGUGACAUUGUUGUAAAGCCGUACCAAGGUGCUCGAGAGGAAGGCUUUACAGGCGCUGCAAAAGGCGUGGGCAAAGGAAUGUCUAGCAUGGUCACAAAGACCGGUGCUGGCAUGUUCGGUCUCCUUGGGUAUACAAGCCAAGGCAUCGCGAAAAGUUUGAGAUCGACAGUCCACAUGAAGACCAGAAAAAUCAUUGCUGAAGCGAGACAUGCAGAGGGAAGGUGGUUAGUCGAGAACGACAAACAUAACACGGAAGAGGCUGAGAAGAUCAUCAUGCGUUUGCUAGCACGGAAAGGGGAUAAAACCGUCCGUAGCACCCGUCCAUCACUUCUGCACUCCAACACCGACUACACAAAUCUUUCGAGCCUCCAACACAUUAUCACCACAAACUUCGCCACAGCCAAGAAGGCAUGGGAAGAUUACAUGCGGCCAUGCGACCGACUCCCCGAGGAAGCCGAUCCGAAUACAAGAUGUGAUCUGGCUACGAAAGCCUUGGGCAAGAGCAACGGAAAGCUCUUGGCCGAUAAAAGGCCUGAAUGGAACGACGAGCUACCAAGGUGGCUCUGGGACCAAGGCGUCGGCCUAUGCACUGCGUUCGCGAUCGCAGCAAACCAGUCGUCGAAGAUCGAGGCGACAUACAAUGAAUACAAGGGCAAACAUAGAAAUGCCACCAAGACCGACAUCGCGAACAACUCUGCGCCCAUGUUCUCCGGACUGCACCGAGCCUGGAGGCUACAAGAGCCCGCGACCCCCGGAUUUGUCCCCAUUUGCUAUAUUGUCUUUGGCGGGGGUAGUCUGCAACAGAAGGAGACUUACCACAAUGUCGUCUCCCAACACUUGAAGACACUCCAAUCAUCUGAAGGAGAGAUGAGAGACCGCGUUGUCUCUCAGGUUUUGGAGAUAUUCGCGCAGGCGCUGCAACUUUGGGAAAACCCGAUGUUGUCAAUUCGUGUAGAACUUCUCGACGAUGGCAAGGUGCUUCGCGCGUGGCCGAGUUCUAGAUAUGAGAUAGACUACGUAACACUGUAA